AAAAAAAAAAAAUUUAUAUAUAUAUAAAAAAACAAAAAUAUAUAAAAAUAUAAGGAAUUUAAACCAUUUCUUUCGUAUAAAUUAUACUUAUCAUAAAGUCGCGUCAGGAAAGAAAAAAGUUUUAUUUUCUCCCGUUCUUGAUUAUUAAAACAUGAGCAUCGAAGCAACUUUUCGAGGUUAUAUUGAAACGACACAAGAUACUUUACUUAUAUUCGAAGCUUGUAGACGUGGUAUACUUCCGAGGAUAUGCCGACGUCUUCAAGAAAAAGAACGUAAAAUCGUAACGUCAGGAAGUGUAUUUGUUUUUGAUGAACGCGAAUCCGGAAUAAAACGUUGGACUGAUGGUUUAGUAUGGAGUCCUUCACGAAUCCUUGGAAAUUUUCUUAUUUAUCGUGAGCUUGAUAAGAGAGCUCCAGCAGGUAAAAAAGAUUCGACUCCAGUAGAAAGACAACGAAGUAAUAGUGCAGAUAUGGAAUCUCAAGCUGAAAAGAAUAAAGAGCGCGCUUUAGUUGGAAGUUUGACAAAUUCUUAUCGAUUUAAAAAAGGUGGAUUGAUCAAAAAAACAAUGUCAAUUAUGGUUAAUGGUGUUAGUCAACAUAUGAUCAGUUAUUAUACAAAAGAAGAUGUCCUGGCCUGUAAACUCAAGACUCCUUCCUCUAUACCAAGUUUGGCCAUUCUCGAAAUUGCUCCAAAUACAGUUGUUUCAACUGUCACAACUCCCGUAAAUAUGCACGUAGGUUCAUCACUGACGAUGAACUUUCAAUCCAAUGAUCAUUCCAUCUUCAUUGCAGAAUUGGAAGGGAUGACUUAUGGAGGAAAACAAUCUUCGGUAUCUUCUACUUCUCCACAUGCUAUUCUUCCUAAGCCUGGUGCUGGAGGCACAGUAAGCCCAACAAGAUUAACAAAUAUGGAAUUUUCUCCUACUUCUCGUAUAAAGGUUGAAAUGGAACCUUCGAAUCAAGAUUUAUAUCGUUCAGCAUAUUCAACUGGUUCAAACCCAUCCGGUUAUUCUUCAGCUAUGCAUCCUUCUUCUCAUUAUACAUCUUAUGCUACACCUGGUCAUCCUGUCACAAAUGGCCCUGAUGGAUCUCAUACAUUACCGAUGCCACCUAUGAGACCUUUUAUGAAUCGUCAACAUUAUGAAUUUCCUCCAAUUACAUCUCAUGUUAAUACUUCAGUUCCACCAAGAUUGUUAACACAACCACCUUUAAUACCAAGUAUAGGAUCUAAUCAAAAUGAAUAUAAUAAUUAUUAUCAUUCACCUCCACAUAGUGGGAAUUCUCAAACUAAUGGUAGUUGGUCUGAUUAUCAAUUUUCUUCGUAUUCAUCGUCAAAUUCAAAUCAUUCACAUGGAAAUGGAAGUCAACCUACUACACCAGGGAAUUUGGCAUCAAUUACUCAUCAAGCACAAUCGAGUAAUAAUCCUCAAGUAGGAUCAGAUAAUGAUGUGUUUUAUACUACCGCUACUAAUGGUAAUGAAUCUGCCACCCAUCCCAUCAACACACUUAGUCAAGUUCCAUUAUAUACAACUGGGUAUCAUGAUUUAUCACCAUCCCUUCCCGAGUUAUAUAAUUCUGCUCACUCUCCUACUACAGCAAGUUCAUCAAAUUCUCAAUCAAAUCAGCAUGAACACCUAACUUCUACUCCAUCUCCCACACUUCCCGCUAUUUCAUCGCCUUCCAGUACUGCGAGUAAUAAUAAUGGUUCAAAUAAUGCACCAGUAACACCUCCACUUAGUUCUCCUAAUACUAGUAACAACGCUACAAUCGUUAAUCCAGGAAAUGGUGGUACAAAUCUUUUCAAUUCAAAUUAUCCCCCAUAUUAUCAAUCGUGGAUAAAAAAUGAAGGGUAUCCAACAGUCUCAGUACCCCCUAACACAUUUGUGUACGAUCCCUAUUUUUAGUAAGGGAAUUAAUUAUAAUUAAAUUGCUUGAAAAAAAAAAACAAAAAUUUUAAUAAAAUAAACUUUGGGUGGGUUUAGGUAAUUUU